AUGUGUCAGAUGCAAGGCGCUACCUACUCAACACGCCUUGAAGCUUCACGGCCGAAGCUCCCGCACGCUGCGUCUGUUGAUAUCUCAUCGGAUUGGCUGUCGAAAUUGAGUAUUGCGACGUUGAAGCAGUUAUCUGAUGUUUAUUUCACGACAUUUAAUCUUGCAAAUCCAAUUCUGGAUCAGAAGACGUAUUUUCAACGAACCCUCGGUGUUGCGAUUGAUGGGAACUUUGGGAUCUGCAUUGAGAGCUGUAUAGUUCUCGUUGUUAUGGCCCUUGGGUCAAUGGGGCAAAAAGCGUUGCAGGAAGCUGGGUUUGCUGGGACGCCGGCGUCGAGUCCGUAUGUAGGGCAAGAUGCUGAUAUGCCGGGAUUGGACUUUUUCAAUGAGGCGAGGAAACGGUUUGGGUUUUUGAUGUGCGAACAGGACUUACAGGCUUGCCAGUUCUAUCUUCUAUCAGGAUUGUUCUACGCCGAGGCUUUGAGACCUAUAGAUUGGUGGGCAAUGCUCAGCAAAGCAAGCGCAUGCAGCGCCUACUUCUGGAACAACUUAUCACGAGAUCGGGAUGAAUGGAUGCUGGAUAUGCAGUCCCGCCUCUUCUGGAUAACAAGCAUGUUCGAAGCCGUCCUAUCGCAAGAACUGAACCUCCCGCCUAGUAAUUCCCUACAUCUCGAAGAACACAUCGCUUUGCCAAAGUUCAUCUCCGCCCAGGAUAUUGCAUCCUUUGGUUCAUUUCGAUAUCCAGGCGAUGAUCCGUUUUUUCACUAUCAUUUCUUAUCACAACUUGCGCAUCGGCUUAUCUUAACGAGAGCGAGGAAUAGUUUGUUUCACUUUAAUCCUACGGCGGAUUAUCCGCCUGAGCCUGUUGAGGAUGAACUUAUCAGGCAGUUGGAGCAAUGGAGGGAACGACUACCGCCUAUGCUUCAGUUUGAUCCGAAAUCGCCACUAACGCAAGCUGAGUCUCCUUCCGAUGCGCUUGUGACGGCUUGGUUGCAUGCGAGAUACUUUGUCGCGAGAUAUCACAUCGGUCGACCUCUACUCCACCGAGCUCUGGAAAGGCCAGCAUCUCUCACCGAAGGACAUCUCCGAAAAUGCCGCGAUGCAAUAAGUGCUGUCCUCGCCUGGGCUUCCGUAAUUCAAGUCACCGACACAAUGAGGAGCUGCAAUCCUCUUAAAUUCUUCGUCUGCAGCCAAAUAUUCGGCCAAAUAUGCGUCAUAUACGCUCUCAGUGUCUCACCAUACCCCUACAUCCGCGACAUUGUAUCAGAUGUCAAUAAAAAAUGGACAACCUUUGCUCUCAAUUAUCUCGAAGCAGGUGCAUUUUCCAGUCCGGCAAUAGAGCAGGACUUUAAAAUAGCAAAGAUUCUCUGUGAGGAUAUAGGAAAGAUAUGA